AUGGCUCCGCUGUGCGGGCCUUUGGUGGGUUUGCGCGGCGUGGACGACCGCGGCGCUUCGUACACGGUGACGCUUCUGAUCGAGGCGGACGAGACCAAUUGGGACCAGCCCGCGCUAGCGAUCGCCGACACGGAAGCGGUCAGCGAGGUCGCGGACGGCGAGUUCCUGGAGAGACUUCACGGCUGGUCCGUAUGGCGCUUCACCAUAGAACAUAUCAAGCUAGCGCACAGUCCGAGACGCGUGCAGUACAAGAUCCUCAAGGACGCCAAUUCGCCCGAAGUCCUGGCGACAGGGUCCCUACACCUGCCCGCCUCUGACAAGCCGAUGGACGUCCUUUCCUUCGCAUCGAGCUCCCAGGCCGCCCACGAAAUCCACCCGACUUUCCAGGACCUCCCGAACGUCGUCGCGGCGUCCCCGCACCCGUGCGUGCUCGUCCACCUAGGGUUGCCGUGCAGCGUGGCGAGCAUCGCCGAGCGCGUCGCGCGCGACGAGGUCGUCCGCGCGUGGCUCGACAGCGGCGACGAGCAGCCCAGCUACGACGUCGUGCGCGCCGCGGAGGGCCACAUCCUCGCCAAACUCGCCGACGCGCUCGAAUGGGCUGGCCGCGUAUCUGGCGACGCCCUCAGCGAGCUGCCCGUGCUGUGGGUGCACGACCGGCCCGAUGAGUUCGACGGCGACGCGGUCGCGCUGUUCCGCGGCCCGCGCGGCGCCAGGUUCCGCGCAGCGUUCCACAGGGUGACGAGCAACUUGCUGCAUGCCGGCGUUGCGCAGCCUGCACCCGGGAGGCUGCCGGGCGCGGUACCGAUCGGCGGCGGCGUGCAGAUCCAGCCCUGGCCGCGCGGCGCGAGCGUGCGGCACGUCGCGGGGACGCCGGAGGGGCGUGCGCGGCUCUCUGUGGUGGCGUCGUUGCGGCCGCUGCUGCGGCCGACGGAGGACCGCGAGGACGCGACGGAGGAGCUCGGCGCGUACGCUGCCCUGACGAACUCGCGCGUGAGCGUCGUCUGCGCUGCGCCGUCCGGCCCGCAGGCCGCCUCGGACACAUUUUCAUACUCCUACAGUCCCCUGGUGGACGCGAGUCAGGACGUGCACAGCAUCCUCCAGGUCGGGCUGUCUCCGGGCGGCGCCCAGCAGGGAGAAGGCGCGGGCGAGGCGCCGGUGCCGGUCUGCUACGGCGUGCGCCCCGCGGAGGUGUCGGUGCGGGCGCUGGUGGGCUUGCGCGGCGACGCCGUGCGCUGCGGGAGCCUGCAGUGGUGCAAGCUCUCGGCGACGCUGGCCGCGGACGCCGGGAAGCUCGGGCGGAGCAUCGCCGUGCAAGGAAGCCGCGCCGAGGGCGCCGCGGUCGCGCGGCGCGAGGGCAGCUGCUGGGCCGCCUUGGCGGGCCGGCGGCAGAAGGUGUCUCCGAAGCUGGUGCCGCUGGGACGCGACGACCUCGUCGUGCAGCUGCACGGCUCGUUCGACGGAUGCAACGCGGCAACGGACGUCUUUUUGGGCGCUGCGGCGCUGACGGGCGUUCCCGCAUCGGACCGGCGGUCCCCUGCGUCAAGUCGCGCGACGACGUCCACGGGCGAGGUCACGCACAUCAACAUGAGCGGGCGCGUGUCGAAAGGCCGCAACAAGCUCGUGCCGCUCGACAGCGCGCCAGACGACAAGUCCCACGGCGGCACGUUGGUGCUGCGGUCGGCCCCGCUCUCCGACAACAGCGGCGUGCUCGCUUCCACGGCCACGCAGGCGGUGCAGCCGGUCGUUCCUCGACCCACAGGAGGGUCUUCUUGA